CCCAUUCUCCCGUGGGUAAUGAGUGAUCCCACUACACAUAGGAUAGGGACGGCCCAAGAAAGUAGUAAUCAUGCAGGCCGGAAUUAUUGGGGUACACCUAUUUUCCGAUUCAUGGUCAGUAGUUAACGGGAUGACUCAGUGGAUGCCCACAUGGCAGGCCAAUCAGUGGAUGAUCCAAAGUCGGGAAGUAUGGGGUAGGCCGCUGUGGGAGGAAAUUUGGGAGAAGGCCCAGCAUUUAAGGAUAUUUAUCACACACGUGGACGCCCACACGUCCCGAAAUGACGCAGAAGCCCUCCAUAACCGAUAUGUUGACGGCAUAGUUCGAGCUAUGGUAAUACAGAGGGACACCUCGGUGGACCUAGCCAGAUGGGCACACCAAAAGGCUGGGCAUUGGGGGGUACAAGGGACUCUACAAUGGGCCCGGGAUCGGGGUAUAGACCUGCUGGUAGACGAUGUAAAAACCGCAGUGAAUCAGUGUGAGCAAUGCCAACACCAAAGACAGGGAGUGCCUCAGCAUAUGAUGGGGCACAUUCACCGAGGAGAAGGCCCCGGCCAAAGCUGGCAGAUGGACUUCGUGGGCCCAUUGCCCACGUCCCAGGGAUGCAGGCACAUUUGCACAGCAGUGGACACCAUGUCUGGGGUCCUGGUGACCCAUCCUUGUCACCAUAAUAAUCAGCAGGCAACCCUGCGAUGUUUAGAUAUGAUAGAACAAUUCUAUGGGAUGCCUAUGCAGGUCCAGAGCGACAACGGUUCGCACUUUACGGGAGGGCGGAUAAAGCAAUGGUGCAACGAUAAUCAUGUCGAAUGGAUAUACCAUGUGCCGUAUCAUCCGCAAGCAGCAGGACUGAUUGAACGGAUGAAUGGGAUCUUGAAGUCCUCUCUUCGGAAGGCGGGGGGGGCGAAUGAUUUGACAAAUUGGAAAAAGAACCUCAUCCGAGUUGUAAAACAAAUUAACAAUCGUCCAUUGGGGAAUGGAGUUACACCCUUAAAUAGGAUGAUAAAGGUAUGUGACACGCCCGAGGCGCGUCCCAUUAAAAUGUGGAAAUUCGAUGCGGAAGCGGAACUGCCAGUCCGGGCCACCCCGGCAUCAGCGGGGCUUGAUUUGCGGGCCUUGACUACCCGGACGUUGGUGCCCCAAGUGCCAACGGCAGUUAAAACCGGCUUGGGAUUAGUUUGCCCUUCCGGGACUUAUGGACACAUUCUCCCACGAUCUGGGUUAUCACUGAAAGGGAUCGAUGUCAUGGGUGGAGUUAUUGACGCAGACUAUCAGGGAGAGAUUGGGGUUAUCCUAGUCAACAUCACCACCGAGCCCUACGUGGUUAAUAAGGGGGAUAAGAUCGCCCAAUUGGUAAUUAAACCUUGUGACAUGUCCACUGUGGAGGAGACGGGGGCCCCCACGAAAAUAACCGAACGGGGAACGGGAGGUUUCGGAUCCACUGAUGUAAAGGGGGCUAAAGUUUGGGUACGCCAGCCAAAUGGCCCUCCAAAACCGGCAGAAAUAAUCGCCCAAGGGAAGGAUAGUUUGGUGACAAUAAUGUAUCCAGGGGACUCAGCCUGGCAUAAUGUGCCGGCAAACCAAUGCUACCUCCGAGAAACAUGAGCCCACGUCUUCUCGUCACCAUAGAUCCGGAUCAUGGCAUGGUGGUGGGCCCUGAAUGUGCUAUGGACUGUUGGAAUCCUGGGUCGGAGUAUGUCAAGACCCGGGUCGGAAGAAACGUAACACAAUGCUGGUGCUCUGGGACAGAUCGUCAGCUGGGAAGCCAGUGACCAAGAGCGAAGGCAGGACAAUUUUACGUGCCCCUCCGGACAACGAUGUGACAUUAUGACUAUCACCAGCAAUUGCACGUUGUAUCGAUGCAAGGGCAGCUUUGAGGAUGCAAACACAACAGUGGCCCCGGGCUGCGCACUGACCAUUCACACCCGGGUGAAUAUGUGUUCCGAAGGACAGUGUCAUGAGGGUGGUAUUGAAUGGACUAUUAUUACCGCCAACGACGAAAUGAGGAUUACCAAUGGGACGCCAAUC